AUGAAGAUAUCUAUUCAACAUACAGGUGCAUCAUUAUUGAUUAUUGAAAAUGCUGUACCUAAUAUAUGUGUUGAUUUCGAAACAAUAUCUAAUAAACUUGUGCUAAAAGAUAAUUCUUUUGAAUAUUUAGAUAAGGAUUUAACACAUGAUAAAGAAGCUUUAUGGAUAUCAUUAAUGAAAAGUGAAGAACCUAUGAAAAAAGGCAUUCGUGAACGUUGCAUGUAA